AUGACGAUUAUCUAUGCUUUGAGCUGCAUCCAUAUUCCCUCUGCCUCUGCGAACUCCAGCAUUGAUGGGCCGAUAUACUUUCAAAUGAAUUCGACUCGCCGUAUAGAAUGGUUUGCAUUAGGCCAGGGAGAUCACAUGGCCGGGGCUAACAUGUUUGUGGUUUAUACCUCCGGUGACAAUGUGACUGUUUCCCCACGGUCCAGUGUGGGUCAUGUCCAGCCAUUGUAUAACCCUGCCGCACAGAUUACAGUCAUGAAUGGUAGCGGGGUUCACGGGCCAAUGAUUACGGCUAAUAUCAAGUGUGACAGCUGUAUUCAUUGGGGUCCUGGUAGCAUGAAUCCGAGCAGCUCGAGCAGCUCAUGGAUCUGGGGGGUUCGCUAUGGGAUGCCUUUGAAAACACGCAGUCUCUCGGCAAACAUCCUUGAGCAUGAUGUGAUGGGGGUUGAAACCGUGGACUUGACGAAAGCGACUGGACAGACCGGUGUAAAUCCUUUUGCCGACAUCAUCAGCACCAGCUUGAAUGCCAAUCCCGACUAUCCCUUUCCAGAAUCAGUCUUCCAUAGCAAGAAGAUUGCCCACGGGGUGCUGAUGGUUAUUGCCUUUGUCAUAUUGUUCCCCUUCUCCGCACUGCUUCUCCAUUUAUCUUCGUCUACCAACACUGUGACUAUUCAUGGAGGUCUGCAACUUUUCGCUCUUCUUGUGGCUAUCGCAGGACUUGGCCUGGGAGUCUCAAUGGCCCGGCAGAUCCAAAACCUGAUUCAUUAUCAUAUCAUAAUCGGGAUCAUCGUGAUUGCCAGUUUGGUUCUUUUCCAGCCUGCCAUGGGUCUUCUCCAGCACCGGUUCUUUCGUAAGACUGGCGGCAAAGGGCCCUUUGCUUACAUGCAUCGUUGGUUUGGGCGAAUCAUGAUUAUUCUUGGCGUGAUCAAUGUUGGACUUGGAUUUCAAUUCACAGGAAUUGGCGACCCCGACGCCCCUCGAAGUGCGGCAAUUGCGAUUGGCGUGAUCGCGGGAGUUAUUGGAGUGUUCUAUAUCCUGACAGUCGGAUCUGCAAACAUCACGCGACGGCGAAGAGCACCGGCGCCGGCCGCAUAA